AUGUUCUCCAAGAGGCUUGAUGCCAUGCAGUCCAUGGUAGAGAGGCUCCCAGGGGUAGCUCCCUCCAUCCGGAAGAGAAACUCCGACUCUUAUGCCGACACUCCUUCCACGGAUGAGAUCACCUUAAUCGAGAUGCCCAUGAAGUUCUCCUUCCCCAGCAUAAAGGCGUACGACGGCACUACUGAUCCAGACGACCAUGUCGCCAAAUACAGACAAAGGAUGCUCGCCGUAGCACUCCCAAAGGAGUCGCGUGAAGCUAUCAUAUGCAAAGGGUUCGGCUCAACCCUAACCGGACCCGCUCUGCAAUGGUACAUCAACCUACUCUUCAGGUCCAUAGCCUCCUUCGUGAUUCUCAGCGACAUAUUCGUGGAACAAUUCGCCAGCAGCAGGAAGCUAAAGAAAACCUUUGAUGGCCUCUACGAAAUCCUCCAACGCCGGACGAAACCCUUACGAGGCUACAUAGCCCGCUUCAAUCAAGAGAAGGUGGCUAUUCUUGAAUGCAGUAUCCCCACUGCUAUCUCUGCCUGCAAGAGAGCUCUGCUCCUCGACGGGGACCUGUAUAAGGAUCUAACCAAAUAUAAGUGCAAAACCAUGGAAGACGUCCUAUCCCGAGCCUGGGCGCAUGUAAAAUGGGAGAAAAACGUCGCCAGUCGCGCUAAGGCGCAGCAAAAGCAAGAUCCCAAGGCAAUCAGAUCAGACCGAACCGAGCGAGACGAGAGAUCCUCUCAAAGACCAGCCAGGGACUAUGGGAAUCGAAACCGGGGCAGAUACCAUAACCGGUCGAUCGAGAAGGCAUAA